AUGUGUCUCAACGUGGAAAUAGUACUUCCAACAGUUAAGAAAUUUUUACUUCUUUAUCCCUUAAAAAUUGGCUGCAUUCUUACAUAUUUCUUGACAAUGGUUCGCUCUGUUUUCUGCGUGCUUUUCUUCAUGACUGCAUUAUUAGAGCUGGUUGUAGGGAAACCAUUUCCAAUUAGGCCAAUAUUCGUUGACAUAGAAAUUACUGCAUACUACACAAUGUACUUUUCUUUCGUAAUUUUGUUGCUUACGGAAUUUGUAUUGAUGGUGUUUACUAUACAUUUGGGUGUAGGAUCUUUUACCGGUGACUUGUGUUGUUUAAAGCAAUAUUUAAUAUGCCGUAUUAUAACUUGGGUAUCCGAAGUUGUGUUCUUACCUGUUGUAUGCUUCACGAACAAACCUCUCAUUGGCUGGUAUUUAGGAAUUAUGUUUUUCGUUGUUAUAGAAUUCUACUUCUUUAUAAUAGUCUAUAGCUAUUAUUAUACUUUAGCUGAAGACAAAGAGUUUGAAGAGGGCUCCUACAAAAUACGUGAUUGA